AUGAUGUGUGAAGUGAUGCCCACGAUUAAUGAGGACACCCCAAUGAGCCAAAGGGGUUCCCAAAGCAGUGGCUCGGACUCAGACUCCCAUUUUGAGCAGCUGAUGGUGAACAUGCUGGAUGAAAGGGACCGUCUUCUAGACACCCUUCGGGAAACCCAAGAAAGCCUCUCACUUGCCCAGCAAAGACUGCAGGAUGUCAUCUAUGACAGAGAUUCACUCCAGAGACAGCUCAAUUCAGCCCUGCCACAGGAUAUCGAAUCCCUAACAGGAGGGCUGACUGGUUCUAAGGGGGCUGAUCCACCGGAAUUUGCUGCUCUGACAAAAGAAUUAAAUGCUUGCAGGGAACAACUUUUAGAAAAGGAAGAAGAAAUUUCUGAACUUAAAGCUGAAAGAAACAACACAAGACUAUUACUGGAGCAUUUGGAGUGCCUUGUGUCACGACAUGAAAGGUCACUAAGAAUGACGGUGGUGAAGCGACAAGCCCAGUCACCCUCGGGAGUGUCCAGCGAAGUUGAGGUUCUCAAGGCGCUGAAAUCUUUAUUUGAGCACCACAAGGCCUUGGAUGAAAAGGUAAGGGAGCGACUGAGGGUUUCUUUAGAAAGAGUCUCUGCACUGGAAGAAGAACUAGCUGCUGCUAAUCAGGAGAUUGUUGCCUUGCGUGAACAAAAUGUUCAUAUACAAAGAAAAAUGGUAUCAAGUGAGGGAUCCACAGAAUCUGAACAUCUUGAAGGGAUGGAACCUGGCCAGAAAGUCCAUGAAAAGCGAUUGUCCAAUGGUUCUAUAGACUCAACUGAUGAAACAAGUCAAAUAGUUGAACUACAAGAAUUGCUUGAAAAACAAAACUAUGAAAUGGCCCAAAUGAAAGAACGUUUAGCAGCCCUUUCUUCCCGAGUGGGAGAGGUGGAACAGGAAGCCGAGACAGCAAGAAAGGACCUCAUUAAAACAGAAGAAAUGAACACUAAGUAUCAAAGGGACAUUAGGGAGGCUAUGGCACAGAAGGAAGACAUGGAAGAAAGAAUCACGACCCUUGAGAAGCGGUACCUCAGUGCUCAGAGAGAAUCUACCUCCAUCCACGACAUGAACGACAAGCUGGAAAAUGAGCUAGCGAAUAAAGAGGCCAUCCUACGGCAGAUGGAAGAGAAGAAUAGACAGUUACAAGAGCGUCUUGAGCUGGCUGAGCAAAAGUUGCAGCAAACUAUGAGAAAAGCUGAGACCUUACCUGAAGUAGAGGCUGAAUUGGCUCAGAGAAUCGCAGCCUUGACAAAGGCUGAAGAAAGACACGGAAAUAUUGAAGAACGGAUGAGGCAUCUCGAAGGUCAACUCGAAGAGAAAAAUCAAGAGCUUCAAAGAGCUAGGCAAAGAGAGAAAAUGAAUGAGGAGCACAACAAAAGAUUAUCUGAUACUGUGGACAGACUUCUGACAGAAUCCAAUGAGCGCUUACAGCUACAUUUAAAGGAACGGAUGGCUGCUCUAGAAGAGAAGAAUGUUUUAAUUCAAGAAUCAGAAACUUUCAGAAAGAAUCUGGAAGAAUCUUUACAUGAUAAGGAAAGGUUAGCAGAAGAAAUUGAAAAGCUGAGAUCUGAACUUGACCAAUUGAAAAUGAGAACUGGCUCUUUAAUUGAACCCACAAUGUCAAGAACUCAUCUAGACACCUCCGCCGAGCUGCGGUAUUCUGUUGGAUCCCUAGUGGACAGCCAGUCUGAUUACAGAACAACUAAAGUAAUAAGAAGACCAAGGAGAGGCCGCAUGGGUGUGAGGAGAGAUGAGACAAAGGUGAAAUCUCUUGGAGAUCAUGAGUGGAAUAGAACUCAACAAAUCGGAGUGCUAAGCAGCCACCCUUUUGAAAGUGAUACAGAGAUGUCUGACAUUGAUGAUGAUGACAGAGAAACGAUCUUCAGCUCAAUGGACCUUCUCUCUCCAAGCGGUCAUUCUGAUGCCCAGACACUGGCCAUGAUGCUUCAGGAACAACUCGAUGCAAUCAACAAGGAAAUCAGACUAAUUCAAGAAGAAAAAGAAUCCACAGAGUUACGUGCUGAAGAAAUUGAGAACAGAGUGGCUAGUGUGAGUCUGGAAGGCCUGAAUUUAGCCCGGGUCCACCCAGGUACCUCCAUCACUGCCUCCGUCACAGCGUCUUCGCUGGCCAGCUCGUCUCCCCCUAGUGGACACUCAACACCAAAGCUCACACCUCGAAGUCCUGCCAGGGAAAUGGAUCGUAUGGGAGUCAUGACACUGCCAAGUGAUCUAAGGAAACAUCGGAGAAAGAUUGCGGUGGUAGAGGAAGAUGGUCGGGAGGAUAAAGCAACAAUUAAAUGUGAAACUUCUCCUCCCCCUACCCCUAGAGCCAUCAGGAUGACUCACACCCUCCCUUCUUCCUACCAUAAUGAUGCCCGAAGUAGUUUAUCUGUCUCCCUCGAGCCUGAAAGCCUUGGGCUUGGCAGUGCCAACAGCAGCCAAGACUCUCUUCACAAAGCCCCCAAGAAGAAAGGAAUCAAGUCUUCAAUAGGACGUUUGUUUGGUAAAAAAGAAAAAGCUCGUCUUGGGCAACUCCGAGGCUUUAUGGAGACCGAAGCGGCAACCCAGGAGUCCCUGGCGUUGGGCAAACUGGGAACUCAAGCUGAGAAGGAUAGAAGACUGAAGAAAAAGCAUGAACUUCUAGAAGAAGCUCGGAGAAAGGGAUUACCUUUUGCCCAAUGGGAUGGGCCCACUGUAGUCGCAUGGCUAGAGCUCUGGUUGGGAAUGCCUGCUUGGUACGUGGCAGCCUGCAGAGCCAAUGUGAAGAGCGGUGCCAUUAUGUCUGCUUUAUCGGACACUGAGAUCCAGAGAGAAAUUGGAAUCAGCAACCCUCUGCAUCGCUUAAAGCUCCGAUUAGCAAUCCAGGAGAUGGUUUCCCUAACCAGUCCUUCAGCUCCUCCAACGUCCAGAACUCCUUCAGGCAACGUUUGGGUGACCCAUGAAGAAAUGGAAAAUCUUGCAGCUCCAGCAAAAACGAAAGAAUCUGAGGAAGGAAGCUGGGCACAGACCCUGGCAUAUGGAGAUAUGAACCAUGAGUGGAUUGGAAACGAAUGGCUUCCCAGCUUGGGAUUACCUCAGUACAGAAGUUAUUUUAUGGAAUGCUUGGUAGAUGCAAGAAUGCUUGAUCACCUAACAAAAAAAGAUCUCCGCGUCCAUUUAAAAAUGGUGGAUAGUUUCCAUCGAACAAGUUUACAAUAUGGAAUAAUGUGCUUAAAAAGGUUGAAUUAUGACAGAAAAGAACUAGAAAGAAGACGAGAAGCAAGCCAACAUGAAAUAAAAGAUGUGUUGGUGUGGAGCAAUGAUCGUGUUAUUCGCUGGAUACAAGCAAUUGGACUUCGCGAAUAUGCAAAUAAUAUUCUUGAAAGCGGUGUGCACGGCUCCCUUAUAGCCCUGGAUGAGAACUUUGACUACAGCAGCUUAGCUUUAUUGCUACAGAUUCCAACACAGAACACCCAGGCAAGGCAGAUUCUUGAAAGGGAAUACAAUAACCUCCUGGCUCUGGGAACCGAACGGCGCCUGGAUGAAAGUGAGGACAAGAAUUUCAGGCGUGGGUCAACCUGGAGAAGGCAGUUUCCUCCCCGUGAAGUACAUGGAAUCAGCAUGAUGCCCGGGUCCUCAGAAACACUGCCGGCUGGAUUCAGGUUAACUACAACGUCUGGGCAGUCGAGGAAAAUGACAACAGAUGUUGCUUCAUCAAGACUGCAGAGGUUAGACAACUCCACUGUUCGUACAUACUCAUGUUGA